AUGAGCGGCUUCGGACGACCACCUUCAAAAGUCAUUUUCUCGCCGACGCCUCCCGAGCGCGGCAGCUUCCCACUCGACCAUGAAGGCGAAUGCAAAUGCGUCAUGACCACCUACCUGGAGUGCCUCAAGAAGGCCAAAGGCACUAAUGACAUGGCCUGCCGUCUGAUCGCCAAGGACUACCUCAAGUGCCGCAUGGACCAUCAAUUGAUGGCCGUCGACGAGUUCAAGAACCUCGGCUUCCAGGAGGAGGCGCCGGUGCCGGUUGCGUCGAAGGUGGCGGUGGGCGGGGAGGGGAGUCGCCUGGAUGAGCUGCGGCGUGAGAACGAGGAGCUGAAGAAGCAGCAUCGGGAGGCAGAUAAGAAGACUGCUGCGGCGGCGGGGGAGAAGUAG